AUGAAUUUUUCGAAGGACAAACUCGUUUUCCGGCAACUCCCCAAGAAUCCGUGGUGCGCCGAAAGAAUUGUGGAACUGCGCUGUGGAAAAACCCGCAACAGACAGAUGACAAGAGUUUUUUUUUCUGCAACUAUGACGAUGCGGGAGAGACGAGGGACGGACCGGAUACCGAGAGCGCAACAGAAAACAACAAGCACGAAAGGAUGCUUCUUGCACAACGCAACGCAACGAUUCGGGCACGAUGACAGUAGGAUGCGAAAGAACGCAAUUAGGAUUGGGGAGAGGGGGGGGAGAGGAGGGAAGAGGAAAAGAAAGGAUGGAGAGAUGAAGAGGAAGAAACAGCAAGAAACAAAAGCACACAACGACGGACGGUGCUUGGUCUGGUUUGCAGGAGACGUGUGUGGGAAGGGUGGAAGUGGGAAUUAUCAGUCGGCCGGGUGGAGGAAAAUGAGACUUCUCUCGACUUGUUGCAGCUGGGCUGCUGGGUUGCCGCUGCUGGGGUCCAAGGAUGGUGGAAGGCAAGACCACCGCAUCGCAAAAACUCUGUGUGCCGCUAGCACUAGCACACGCCUGGCGUCGGCCGUCUGUGGUACAGCUACAAGGACCGAAGUCCCCCUGCCGCCUUGUUCAGCUCCACAGGUGAGCAACUUGGAGCUGUAA